UGAAGGUGAAGGUCAUUAAUCAUCCAACAUGGCGGAGCUUCAGUUUGAAGCACCACUGGCAAAGUUUGAAAACGAGGAGUGGAGUGAAUACAGUGAGUUUCAGGAGGCUGUAAAGGUCGAAAAUAUUUUAAAAGAAACUGAGGAACACCAAACGAGUGAAAUAAAUGACAAUGAGGAAAGCGAACACUUUACAGAGCCUUACUCCGGAUCCCUGGAAGAUCUCGUGAACUCUUUCGAUGAGAAAAUAACGAAAUGUUUUUGCAAUUUUGAGGAAAACGUUAAUGACAAAAUAGCCCCCGUGCAAAUACGAACUCAAGAGGAAAUAAUUAAUGAUUGCCAAAUGUGGUGGACCAUUACAGGAAACUUUGGGAACAUCCUCCCUAUUGACUGGUCCAAGAGCUAUGCAAGGCAACUCCAAUCCAAAGUGCUGAACCUUAAAGAAAACCAGGAACAGGAAUCACCCAAUUUAGACCUUUCAGACGAUGAAGAGCUGGCUCAGCAAUUUGACAUGCAUUCCUUGAUUGUAUCCAGUGUUCAUACACAUGACAGCGAUCAUGUAGCAACAGCUGACGAGGUCAUCAGUGAGAUUGAGAAUAUGAUGCAGGAAAAUGUACCGCCAGAGUACUGUCAAGAUGACCUUCAGCAUGAAAUGGCCUUGGAAAAAGAGAAACUUCCUCAAAUCCCAACGUACACAGAAGCAGAUCUGAAGGGGAUGAAUUGUACCCAGCUGAAUGAGGUGUUGAAUGAAUAUGAAGUCAUUAUAAAGGAGUUGUCGGAGGUUCUGAUCCGGGAGCUGGCCCUGAGAGAUGAACGGGAGUAUGAUAAAGAACUGAAGAACCAGUUUAUCUCGCUGCUACUGACCAUACAGAAACGUCGACGAGAGGGAAAUCUGGACAAGAAGAAAAAGAAGAACAAGAGUGUAAACAACAACAUGAACAGUCCAGACAGCUCCAGCACGUUCUUGACAACAGUAAUUCCAUACCAUGCAGUUGAUGGCCCACCCACUUCAGAACAACUUCAGAUCUACAUCAAAAUUUUACAAGCCAUUAAUGAGGACAGUCCUACAGUUCCUAGUCUGUUGACUGACUACAUCCUGAAAGUGUUGUGCCCCACGUAAAGUUCCACCAAGGCAAUGUAAUGAAAGGCUUGGUUUAGAGUCACUGGGGGUUUUUUUUGCCGACAGCCCUGGUUAUUGUAAUGAAGCAGCGCUGCAGGAGGAGCUGAUGCUGCUUAAGUUGCCUUUUUUGGUUUCCAUGACAACCAAAUUGUGUGUUACUUAAUGACCACUGUUUUUUUAUAUUUUAUUUUACAGUUUGAGUGCAAUAGACAUUUUACCUUGUAUCCAACAUGUCUAUACAUGUAUUUUAAUAAUUCCAAUUUAUAUGAAAAAUAAUUGAUACCAAAGAUAUUAUCCAAUUAAUCUAUGUUUAAUUUAGUUUUCUAUACCUAUGGUUGUCCAAGUCAAAUCAUAUUCCCACCCAGGUAUUUGAAGUUCUCAUUUAGAGAGGAACAAAUUUUAAACAUGACGAGAGAAGCAAUUUUGAGAAGUCCCUGAUAGUUGGUUUUCCAUUGUCUUGAACAAAAGAAUGCAACAGUAUUACAUCAUCUUCAAGACAAGUCAGAUAUACAUGUGGCUGUCAGAACAGAUUUUGUUGUUGAUAUUCUGCUUUCAUGUCAUCACCUUCAGUAUGUUCAGUCCAGUUGGGAUGCGCAGAACUUGGUGUUUUUGUUGUUUACCCUUUGGACCUUUUGAAUUUAGACAGAAUCAUGAAAUAUGUGUUAGACUAGUAUAGAAAGCUGAAAACAUGCCUUCUUUUGAUUAGGAACUGUCUCAAUGAGAUAAAUGCGUUUUUAUCAUGUGCUAUUUUUCAGUAAAGGAGAGUUCCAUACAAAUGGACUAGAAGAUGUACUUCCAAAUCAGACAUAUUAUUUACAGUUUUCCAUGGGUUUUUUUUCUAUUGAUUUUAUUUCAUACUCAGAAACAAUAAGUGUAGAUAAUUAUUGAGAGGUAAUGUAGUUUCUCAAAAUAGAAUUUUAUUUGAUAUGUUCAACUUGAAAUGGUUCCCUAUAUCGGCAUCUGUUGCUAAUUUAGCUGUGAAACUGAAAUCCUCACAUGAAUUGCAAUUAUCCAGGAAUUUUUUUGGGGUGUUUAUUAAAUAUUUUAUUUUUAUUUCCCACAGCAGUUGUGUCCCUUGAUAGAUCUAUAUACACACACACACUACAUGUAACAUUUGUAUCUAUGAGUGGAUAAUUUCUGCAUGAGACUGUAGACAGACUUCACUGGAUGCUGCUGUUGGUUUUUACCCUGCCAAUAUCUCUAUGCAUUGUAUUUUACUUGUAAUUUGUCCACUUCAAUUUAGAAUGCCUGUCUCUAACUGACAAUGAUACAAUUAAAACCUCAAUUUACCGGGUAGUAUAGCAAUCUUUCAUCUCUUUCAAUAGUACACGAUUCCUGCUGUAUGUGUGUGGUGUGCAUUAACUACUAAAUAUGAAUAAUUUCGGAUCUUUAUCUUGCUUGUGCAUGUUGUUACAAUUUGUAUAUUUUAUAGAAGUGUUAAAUGUUUACUAUGAAAUGUUCUAGUCACAUGUUUAAUUAGUAACUUGUCUAUGUAAAUAUAAUGAUAUAUGGAGGUUUAUGUAAGGGUAUGUGUAGGAUUUCACUCUCAUAUACCGUGUGUGUAUGUCUAUAUAUAGUAUACCAUUUCAUACCAUGCUUAGUGAGUGAACUUAAGUAUUAUGUAGCUGCAUUGUAACAGGAUUAUUAUGUAUACGUGAAUUCGUCUUUUUAUCUUUCACUUGUAUGUCUUUGUGGUAUCUGGUUGGAAGAAAAUGACCGACGUUGUCCAUUGAACAAUACUUCACACCGAUCUAAGUAUUAGCUUUCAUCAUCAGAUUAAAAAAAAACUUUCACGGAAUAUUCAUCAAUAUUGUCUUUGAUCAAAAGCCAGUCUGUGUGAUUUUCUGUACGCACUGGAGCAGGCUGUAGAUGACGUCUGUCAGUAGUGAUAAUUAUACUGUAGUGUCCGUCUUCAUUUCGCUGUUAGUGAACUGGUUGUUUUAUUAUGUCUGUGAUCCUUGUUGUUAUAAUUGUCUUUGUUUAUACCAAUGUAUACUCAAUUUGCUAUGUGAAUGCAGGCGUACAGUAUCUACCAAAUAAAAUGCCUCUUUGCAAAGUGAU